UGCGCAUUGUAUUUGAUUGUUGAUUCAAUAAAUAGUUUCUGAAUGGCAGUUAACAAUUCAUCGGGAAAGACUACUAAGAAGCCAGCUACAUUUGCUGUGCUCCCAAAAAUCAUUAAUGGGGGAAUUGCCGGCGUGAUUGGGGUCACCUGUGUGUUUCCCUUAGAUUUGGUAAAGACUCGACUACAAAAUCAGCAAAUUGGACCAAAUGGCGAACGCAUGUAUACCAACAUGUUCGAUUGCUUUCGUAAAACGUACACUGCCGAGGGUUACUUUGGCAUGUAUCGUGGAUCGGCCGUAAACAUUUUACUCAUUACUCCCGAAAAAGCUAUAAAGUUGACUGCAAAUGACUAUUUUCGUUUCCAUCUUGCUUCAGAGGAUGGAAAGUUACCAUUGAAAAGACAAUGCCUUGCUGGCGGGUUAGCAGGGGCAUUUCAAAUUAUAGUGACCACGCCCAUGGAACUUUUGAAAAUUCAGAUGCAAGAUGCAGGCCGUAUAUCAAUGUCCGCGAAAGCUUCGGGUCAGCAGGUGGAAAAACUUACGGCAUGGGUACUUACUAAAAAUCUCUUGAAGGAGAGAGGUAUCGUUGGUUUAUAUAGAGGAUUAAGUGCCACCGCCGUGCGUGACAUUACCUUUUCUGUAAUUUACUUUCCUUUGUUUUCCGCUGUAAAUGAUAAGGGCCCUAGAAAAACUGAUGGCUCUGGCGAAGCUGUGUUUUAUUGGUCGCUGCUAGCUGGAUUGGUUUCUGGAAUGACCGCGGCUUUUUCGGUUACGCCCUUAGACGUAAUUAAAACCCGACUACAGGCUAUAAAAAAAGCUGACGGUGAAAAGGAGUUUGAUGGAAUUGUAGAUUGUAUUCGUAAGACAUUGAAGCACGAAGGACCCAAGGCAUUCUUCAAAGGUGGCUUUUGUCGUAUUAUAGUUAUUGCUCCAUUGUUUGGCAUUGCACAAAUGGUAUAUUUUUUGGGCGUAGGAGAACUUAUCUUGGGAAUCGAGCAGAAGAAAACCAUUUAAUUUAUUUUUUAUAGUAGUCAAAUCUGACUGUAGUGCCCUUUAAGUCUUUCUUAAACAAUUUGUUGUACAAUAUUACGACAAAUUGCAAAUAAUAAAAAAGG